AUGCCUCAGUUUGAUGGUUGUGUGUACCAUGUGUAUGUCUGGUCACUUGCAGUGACCGAAAACCAGGGUUCAUGCUUCAUUUUCAAGCAUUUGGUGGGUGGUGGCUUAAGUACUGGCUACUUGUUCAACCAAAUUGUGUUUGCAGCUGGAAUAUUUGUGGGGCCUACUGCUCUUGUGACCAUGACCAACCUUAUGAACAUGGAUAUGUGCCAAAAUGUAUCAGUUUCCGGUGAAUGCCACCAAGGACAGUUCCUUGCCCCUUCUUGCUCAAGCAGCCUUGAGGACCUCUUCUCUGCUCAGAACACGGAAGUGGAUGUUGAUUUGGAGUGGCUUUCAGAGUUUGUUGAAGACUGCUUUUCAAGCCCCCCAAGCUUUGUCUUGGUACCUUCUGGAGUAAAGACCACAAGCACAACAACAAGUAUCAACCCUUCUUCAGGCACAUUGAAGAGACCCCUACAAAAUGAGUCUCCUCUGCAGAAUUUUGCUGUUCCUGGGAAGGCCAGGAGCAAAAGGAAAAGGCUUUCAGCCCCUAGAACCAAGGACCCUUUAAGUAUAUGGUCACACCAUUUGAACCCCCAAAAUGAAGCCUUGAAUUCUGACCCUCCUCUUCUCAAACAGGCUUACUGGUUGGCUGACAGUGAACUGAUUAUGCCUAAGCCAAAGGAGGGGCAAGAAGAAGUGACCAAAGUGGCUGGAGAAGUGGUGGAGAAGGAGAUUGUGAUUAAGAAGGAAAGCUUUGGGGACUCUGAGCUUGAAGGUAGCAAUGGUCAACAACCAAUGCCAAGGAGGUGCACCCAUUGCUUGGCUCAGAGGACCCCACAGUGGAGGGCAGGACCAUUAGGGCCAAAGACACUUUGCAAUGCAUGUGGAGUGAGGUAUAAGUCUGGUAGAUUGCUACCAGAGUAUAGGCCAGCCAAGAGUCCUACUUUUGUUAGCUAUUUGCAUUCCAAUUCCCACAAGAAAGUCAUGGAGAUGAGGAUGGCUGUUUAUUCUUCCAUUUCUAGUGAGCAGUAG